AUGUUGCAAGACAAUGUAGCUAGGCACAGGGAUGCCAAAGGCACAAAGCUUGCAUGUCGCAAGGCGAUGUGCCUAGGCACGAGGGUGCUGAAGGCGACACAAACCUUGCAUGUUUGUAAGGCCAUGUGCUUGGGCACGGGGGUGCCGAAGGUGACACAAGGUGUGGCUAGGCACGGGGGGUACCGAAGGCGACGAAAAGCUUGGAUGUCGCAAGGCGAUGUAGUCAAGCACGAGGGUGCCGAAGGCACAAAGCUUGCUUGUCGCAAGGCGAUGUGGCCAAGCACGGGGGUGUCGAAGGCACAAAGCUUGCAUGUCGCAAGGCGAUCUGGCUAG